AUGCAAAAGAGGAUUCUAUCGUCAUACCCGACUGGCGAGUUCAGUAUAGCAUUUUUGAGUACUGUGAAGCCUAGCAAUAUCGUUUCCACGGUUAAUAUGAAGAAAGAGAUCAACCUACCUGAAGUGGUAGAUAAGUUGCGUAACACAGAGUAUAAUCCUAAGCGCUUUGACGCGAUGAUCAUGCGUAUUCGAGAGCCCAAAUGUACGGCUCUCGUUUUUAAAUCUGGGAAGGUCGUUCUGGCAGGAACAAAGAGUACAAAAGAUACCGAGGCCGCCGGAAGACGAGUGGUUGAUAUUCUAUCUCGAUUCACAGGAGGAAAUAAGUCAGACGAUACCAAGCCUAUUAUCCACAACAUGGUCGCUGUCGGUGACUUUAAAUUUCCGAUUCGCCUUGAAGGCCUUUCAAUCGAAUAUCUAGAAUCAACAACCUACGAACCUGAGCUUUUUUCUGGACUUAUUUACCGCAUGAAGAAUCCGGACGUCGUUUUACUGAUCUUCGUAUCGGGCAAAGUGGUUGUAACGGGAGCCAAGGAUGAAUCGGACAUCCGCCAAGCGUUCCGCAAGAUUUCCCCGCUUAUUUACAACUGCAGAAAGGUGUAA